AUUCAAAGGAAUACAGGUUUCUGAUAACCUGUGUGUGAGGCUGUUGGAUGUGAAAAUUCUAAUGUUGGAACCUCUUUUAUCUUUUCAGAUUUGCAUGAAAAUAUUUAAGUAUAACUGAGUUCUAACUUUUCUUCAUAACUGAGAUGUUACAGAAAAGAAACUGCAGCUUCUCUUGUAGAGGAAGUCGAAAGUUGAGGGGAUGGAUGGGAGGAGCCUCACGCUCCUUCCCUGGGCUUCCUCAGUGUGAGCCGCUCAGCACUCCUGAAAUUAUUGGAUUAUUCUUACCGGUAUCAUUUUUCCUUGUUAUCUUUAGAAAUACUUUAUUUUCUUAGCAUUUCAGAAAAUUACAAGAUCUUUCUGUUCAGUUUCCGAGACCUUUACUGAUUUACCUUCUUAUUCAAGCAUAACAAGCACUUCCUGCGUUGCUAAAAAUCUCAGUUCCGGAUCUCCCGCUGAAGAAAUUUCCAAGAAGAAAUUGGAGAAUUAUUAAAGAAUUUCAGCAGGAUUGAACCAUGGCUUCCAGAUAGAAAACUGGCUGUAUUGAAAAAACUCAUUAAGGAAACAAAUCAAGCAACUGUUAAAAUAAUUCCAGCCAAUAAGUACUUGAUUCUGCACUGGAAAGCAUGUGGACAUCCAGCAGGUUCACCGAUCAUUUGAGAGAUGGCAAAUAAAUUCAAGAAUAUUGUUCUUCUGCACGGCUUACAUCCUGUCAGUGACUAUCAUUUUAAAAUGGUAAAGUCUUUGCUGUCCAGUGAGUUAAAACUGACUAAAAAGAUGCAAGAAGAUUGUGACAAAAUUGAAUUUGCUGAACUGAUGGAGAAAAAGUUCCGAAAUGAUGCAGGACUGGGAAAACUGAUAUCACUCUUUAAAAAGAUGUCCGAUCUACAAAGCAUUGUCGAUACUCUCGAAAAAGAGAAGGCAAAAGUAUUACUUAAAAUGAAAUGCAAAGGAAAAGAAAAACAUGCAGUGAAAAGAAGCAAGCAGGAUGAAUCCAGUAGUACUCAAUCUUUGCUUAACACAGAAGAAGAAUCUGUGAAACCAGAAUCAAAGGAUGUGCCUUUGUCAAAGAAAAAGAAAAAGUCAACCAAGAAAAUGGAUGACUUGCAAAAAAACAUGGUAGACCAGAAAAUGGGCCUGCUUCCAGAAACUUCUGCUGCCAGCACAGGUCUGCAGACGCCACACAAGCCUCCACCCAUCUCUUCCAGGAGCUCCUCCACCCAGAAGCUUUCAGUCACAUCACCCAGCAGUCUCCAUACUCCUCAGAUGACGCCAACACCACCCACCACUCUGCAGACUCCUCAGGUAGCUCCAGAAACACCAUCCAGCAGUCAGCAGACACCUAAGUUGACUCCAGAACCAUCCAACAGUCUCCACACCGGUAUGUUGCCUCCAGCAGCAGCAUCCAGCAGUCUGCAGACUGCUCAGGGGACUCCAGAACCACCCAGCAAUCUCCAGCAUCUGUGGAUGCCUCCAAGUGCAUUAAGUAAUUUCCAGACACCUCUAACAACACCACCUAGCAGUCUCCAGACUCCUCAUAUUCCUCUAGGACCAUCUAGCAGUCUCCAGACUCCACAGAUGCUUCCAGGAUCAGCAACCAGCAGUCCCUUACCCAUGAAGCCAAAGUUGAAGCCUGUACCCACAGAACCUUCCAAAGAAUGUGGUUAUCAGAAGGGCCCCAAAGAAGUGAUGGUGUUGAAAGUGACAGAACCAUUUACGUAUGCAGUCAGAGAAGAGGAGCAAAAGAUAAUUCAUGCCACGGUGGCUACUGAGAAUGAAUUCUUCCGAGUGAAGGUUUUUGACAUCACAGUUAAGGACAAGUUCACCCCUAAAAAUAUCAUUACCAUAUCAGAUUAUUUUGGUCGAGAUGGCUUCCUAGAGGUAUACAAAACCUCCACUGUGUCUAAUGUGAGUGCUGACCGACAGAUGGAAAUCUUACCUACUCUGAUUCACCGUGCCAAAGCAACUCCUAAAAUCCGCCAGCUUUGGUCACAGAGUAAAGGAACAUAUGUGAAUGGAAUAUUUACGGUGUGUAAGAAAAAGGUGAGGCAGGGAUGUAUUUUUUAUGAAAUACAAGACAAUACAGGAAGGAUGGAAGUAGUGGUAUAUGGACGACUGGCCAAUAUCUACUGUGAGGAAGGUGAUAAACUUAACCUCACUUGCUUUGAAGUGGCCAAAAGUGUGGAUAGUUGGCAGCUGAGAUCUGUACUUCAUAGUCACCUCAAGGUCAUCAAAGCCAGGAAAAGCAAGACACAGCCAAUUGAAUCUGGUUUUAAAACGGAAACUUCACUGGAGUCCCAAAAACCUGGAUGGUACUGAUAAUGAUGUUGAUGAGGAUAAGAUCCAAGUAUAGGAAGGAAAAAUAUAUGUGUGUGUGUGUGUGUGUGUGUGUAUAUAUAUAUAUAUAUAUAUAUCAUAUAAGAUAUAUGCACACAUAUAUCAUAUAAAAACCAGCUCUUAGCUGGUCAUGGUACUGCAUGCCUAAAAUCCUAGCACUCUGGGAAGCUGAAGUACAAGGAUUGAAAUUUCAAGCCCAGCCUGGAUAACUUAGAGACUUAACAAGAUCCUGUCUCAAAAAGUUUUUUUAAAAAGGCCAGGGAUGUAGUUCAGUGCAAAGACCCUGGGUUCAAUCCCCACUACCAUCACCAAAAACAAAUAAACAAAAAGCAAAAACAAAAAAUAUGGACAGAAACAAAAGCAACAAAACAGGCAAGAAAACAAGGAAAAAGAGUUCUAAGAAAUGGAUUUUUAGAGAUGCUUUUUACCUUCUUCUUUACGCAUGUUUUAUAUUUUCUAAAUUCCAUAUUUUGCAUUUAUAGAUUUUAUAAUUUGAGAAAAUAAACACCUUUUCUAAAGUAGUGCUUCUCCAGGCAUCUCUUUAAUCUAUAUUUCACUUGCUUUUAAGCAAACAGUUUGUGGCCCACAAAUCAGGUUGGGGCACCCAGGCUAAAAGCAAUAUGUCAAUGUAAUAUUCAGGUGUGAUCUUUAAGGUCUAGGCCUGGUGAGGAAUGAACAAGCUGUGUGCUGUUCAGAGAAGCCAAGCUAAGGGAUAGGUAGGGGCUGAAAUCCAGUCUGAGCUUUAGUCUAAGCUGUGUCCUAGAAGGGUUAAUUAGCUCAGGACAAGAAUAUCUUAGCCGAAUUUUUCUCCUGGAGAGGACAUAAUGGGUACUUUGUCUGCCAAACGACUGCCUUCUCAUGAUUUGUGUGGAACUAGUGGUUCAGGAGAAAUUCUGGCCCUUUCUGAUGUGAAAUAUCUGUUUCCAAUCAUUUACUCAAACACCAGUGGCUCCUCAGUAGCUCUCCCACCUUCGUUCCUGGUUCUCACAUUCCACGUGUUUGGAUCCAUCAAGAAUCUGUCCCAGCCACAUCUGUGUUAGGCCAAGCCUGAAGUUAAUUUUCAAUAACUAAACCAGAUAUGUAGAAUUAAUAUUUGCUGUUUUAUUUACUGAUCAUAUAUUUAGUGUCUGGUAUUUUGCAGUUAUUUUUGUCAGUCAGUUUUUAUAUUAGUUCUAAAAGUUUGAUAGUUGUUUUUUCCUUUUUACUCCACAAUAUGAAGGGGGCAAAAUAAAGGUAAAAUCACUUUCCUGGAGCUUGAUUUAGAAUCUAGUCUGUUCCAAUUUGAGGUAUAUGUUUUAGAGUGAAGAGUGUGAUGUUGACGUCAGAAUUCUGAGGAACAGAAUAGAGUUCACUUCUAUAAAGAACCAAGGGCAUUUAUGCCCCACUUAUCUAAGAAAAAAGUAACUAAAGCUCUACCAUUAUGCUCUGGGCCAAAGAUCCAAGGAAUAACAAUGUAUUACCUCCUUCCUAAUUUUAUGUCUUGUAUUAUAGUAGGGGGUUGGUUAGAGGGUAACUAGACAUUUUUCUAUCUUCUUGUCUGAUACUAUUCUAAUAACAUGUAUGUAUGUGUAUGUAUUUAUUUAUACAUGCAUAGUUACAUACAUACCUAACUGUAUGUGUAAAUACAUUACAUAUUAUGUAAAUACAUUACAUAAAAAUAUUUCUUUUUAAAGAUUAUUUUAGUCACUUGAGAAACCACAUUCUGAAGUAAGUGUAAAAGUGAUCAAAUCGUUUCCUCAUCCAGACUGAAAAAACUGAACUGCAGAAAUUCAAUACAGUGGUCAAAAUCACAAUGUUACUUGGCUAGGAAAAGACUUCCUCCUGAAAUUCCAGACUGCUGAAAUUUCCUCUAAAUUCAAAUUUGACUUAGGGAUACUAAGGAAAAAAGCCACUUUAAUGUACACAUGUAUUAUGAACUAAACUAGUACUUCAUAUUACUUUAGGUAAGCUUUCUAUAAUUUACAGUUCUUGAGAAUGGAAAUGAUGCUGAUUAAGUUAGAGAAUGAGCACUGAAGUGAUUUGCCCAUUGAUUUUGCUUUCCUUAUCAUGCUGAUUCUCAUUUGAACUUGUAAGGACAGCAUUUCUCUAAAUGGUAUAAGCAAGAAAUGACUGUCUACUCAAAAAGUUUUUCCUUUUUUAAUUUUGUUUUCACUUCAAUAGCUUCAUCCUCUAAUUCCACAACCUCUCUCUUUUAUAUUCUUGUCCCGUAAGCCAUAUCAGAGCUCCUCCUUGGUACAAAUAUCAGGUAAUUGAGAAGGUGGAGGGCUGGGGAUUUAGCUCAGUGGUUUUGCCACCUGCUGCGCAAGCACAAGGACCUGAGUUCAAUCCCUGGUACAAAAAAAAAAAAAAAAAAAGACAGAAAAUUGAGAAGGUGGA